AUGGUGCUCCAAAAGGCCAUUGCCGCAGCCCGCGAGGGAGACCUGCAGAGCCUCAGGGACCUCGCCGAAUCUGGAUGUCUUACCGGCACCAUUGUGGAUGCUCAGGGGGCGGGACUGGUGCACCAUGCUGCACGCUGUGGUCAGCUGGACUGCCUUUGCUUUCUGGUGACAGAAGCAGGGCUCGAUGCUAACGCAAGGGCCCUCAAUGGAGCCACACCUGUCCAUGAUGCUGCAGCUACAGGUCACACCCGGGAACUAAAGUGGCUUGUACAGGUUGCAAGAUGUAAUGCACAGGAUCAGGAUUCUGGUGGGGCCUCUCCGCUCCAUCUCUCUGCACGGUUCGGCCGGGUGGAAGCUGUCCACUGGCUGCUGUCUCAUGCGAAUGGAGCAGAAGUGGAAACAAACUGUGGUGCUCUUCCUGCCCACUAUGCUGCAGCAAAGGGUGACCUCACCUGUUUGAAGCUGCUGAUUGGUCAAGCUCCAGGGUGUGUUAAUCGACAGACAAAUAUGGGUGCCACGCUGCUGUAUCUGGCCUGCCAGGAGGGACAUCUAUAUGUUGUGGAGUAUCUGGUGAAAGACUGUGGAGCUGACGUGCAUCUAAGAGCCCAAGAUGGUAUGACGCCAUUGCAUGCUGCAGCUCACAUGGGCCACCAUACAUUGGUGGUUUGGCUGGUGUCCUUCACAGACGUCAGCCUGUCUAGUCAAGAUAAUGAAGGGGCGACUGCUUUACACUUUGCUGCCAGUGGGGGGCAUCAUGGCAUCUUGGAGAGGUUGUUACAGAUGGGAUCGAAGGUCAAGAAGGAUUACUGGGGUGGCACUCCUCUACAUGAUGCAGCAGAGAAUGGGGAGAUAGAGUGCUGUCGAAUCCUCAUGGGUCACCAGAGCAACCCAAGGGAAAGAGAUGUAGAUGGGUUCACGGCUGCUGAUCUGGCUGAAUACAACGGCCACUUUGAGUGUGCCAGAUACCUUCGCUCUGUGGAGAGAAAUGUAAGGAUCAUUUCUUAUGCUGGGAAACUGUUUAUGGGAGAAAUGAAACUGGGAGAUGUAAAAUCCAUUGCCAGCCUUAAGAAAUCUGGAUUGACAGCAGAUUUGAUUGUUUCAAAUAAAAUGGUGGUGUUACCGACAGAGGAGGCAAAUUUGUCUGACAUUGAUUAUCUGGUACCCAUGCAUGAUGAGAAGGGCAGACCUAUAGCAGAAUGGAAGAGACAAGUGAUGGUACGACAGCUACAGGCCAGCUUAUUUGACCAAGAAACCCAGAGGUUAAAGGAGAGUGGUACUAGAUAUACAAAGAUGGACAGUUGGAGGUACUCCCAGGCUCACAAUGCCAUCCUGGGUCCAUUCGGAGAGCUUCUAACAGAAGAUGACCUCAUUUAUCUAGAGAAGCAAAUUGAGAGUGUCUCGAUGCAAAAGAACGGCGAGGGUUACGAAAUGGAGCUUGCUCGUCUGGCCGAAGAACUUCGAAACAUUCUUCCGGCACCCAUCGUUAACAUCACAGUCAACACCCAGUACAAGAACUCUACACAGACUCCCUUACCCGUUUGGUGCAACCGUAUUUCAGGCAUUGUGAAGAGUAUGUCAUUGCUUAUGACCAACCUAACAGACCAGCCCUACUGCAAAAUGCCAAACACAGAGCUUGUGAAUGUCUUCUCUCAGCCAUCAGAGAGGAAAGCCUUCAAAAGAGGCAGGAGGGAGAAGAUAGAAAAUGAGAUUCAACAGUUUGGGGUCUCUGUGAGGAACUUAAAGUCCAACUUUGAGAAUCAGAACGAUUCCUCACAAAAUGAAUCAGGGAUGACAGAAUCAUUGGGUGAACAAGAGCAAGAACCAGUAAAAAAUGGUUCAGAUGAGGUCUCUCAAAAACCAGAACAAAGACCAGAGCUUGACCAGAUUGAUGAUUCAUCUAUCGACUAUGUCAUUAGUGAUGCCAUGGAAAGUACAACCCUGCGCAAGGAACGUAUUGUGGUCUUGUUCCUGGGUCACUGGAAGAAGUCGGCUUAUACGGUGACCUUGAGAAAUGCUCAGAGAAAGCAAAGCGUUGAUUCGCUGGAUAUAUCCAAGAAGCCCAAGUGUGAACGCAAAGCUAGCUUGGAUAUCUCUCCAAAGAACGCCAUGGAAAAUGGAAAAUUGGGGCACUUCUUCAAGCAGAGAAGUGCCAUCAAUAAGAUGAUUGGGAACUGGAGAAGUAUGAUCUCAUUUGUACCGUCGCGACAAAUCCGAAGACUCAACCGGCAGCAGGCAAUUUACUCACCUGAGCAGUUCCUGCCCCGUGUGGAUGGAUCUCCCGUCGACUACGACACGCUGACACUCGACCUCUUCAUGCUUGGCUACUUUCACAUACUUGAGCUAGAUUUGCCAGCAGAUGAGAGGAAGAUGAGACACUUGCUGUGCUUUGAAGUGUUCGAUCAUGUGGGGCGAUUCACCUGGGAGACUGUGCGUGAUUUUCACAAAGCUGUAAUUCAGGACAUUGAGGCGGGGAACCGGGAAUGGAAGGAUGGAUUUGAGGACAUUAAAGUAAAGUUAUUCAGAGAUGUAUCAGGCCAACCAGAGCUUGAACGCUCAGAAAAGACGACAAUGGUAGAAACGAGGCCUGUGCCUAAAGUCAUUAUACAGACGCCUACCCCAGAUGAGAGCGAUGUCCUGAAAAAUAAUGCAGAUAUUAGUAGUCUGACUAAUGAGGAGAUUUGCAAA